GCAAAAUUAUUUUCUAAUAUAAUUAAUUUGAUGUUUUAAACAAUUACAGUGGCAGCAAUUAUGAUCUUUUUUUUAACUAUCGCAUGCAGGGAAGUAUGAUGGUCUACAAUCCUCAUGUCGUCUAUGCUAUGACCCGUUUCCUUGUAGUAUCUGAGAAGGUGACAGUUGAGAAUACGUCUCAGAUAUUUAGAUAUGAACGUGUAUCUAAAAUGACUUUUUUAACCUGGCAGUACGGGAGUAAAAGAUGGACGCUUUGCAAUAUAAUUUACUCAGAAAACUUCAAAGGUUAUAAACUUGAACUCAAAAUUAGGGAAUUGAGCGAAGCACUUUGGCAAAGUUUGAGCCCGAUCGAAGGACAAAUAUAUUAUGAAUACAAUAGUAAUAAUGCUCUUAGUAGAAUAUAAUAGUCACACCUUUAUGAGAUAUAGACUACAUAGGAUAUCAAGAAUUUUUUACUUAAAUUGCUGAUGCACCUUUCAAGAAGUUACUAUAUUUGUAACUUUAAAUUUAAAGAGUCUCAAUAAAAAAAAUGAUUUUAAAAGAAACACGUUUAUUGCUAGAUUUCAUAGGGUUAAUGCCCAAUUUAUAUCCUAAAAAAUACUAUCAAGUUUUGACUACUGUGAGUCUUAUUAAUCUAAUUUGGAUUAGCUUUUUCCAAGUGCCCUACUUUUUCCAACCAAAAGAUAUGACUGAAUUUUCAGAUGUUUUAAGUUUGUUCAGUGAAUACGUAAUGUUAUUUCUCCGGUGUAUACUCUUUUUAUAUCACAAUCGAAGGAUACAAAAAUUUAUCUUUGCAAUAGAGGAGAAUGUUGAACAGAGUAAGUUAUUUUUACAGCUACGAAAUUUAUAAUUUGAUAAAGAAUCAAUUUUGAAAGAAAAAAAUAAUUUUCAGGAAUUAUAUCUAAUCGCGGAGAGUAUUACACAAAGGCAGAUUAUUUGUCAAACAAUCUCACGAUAUUUUAUAAACGAUUUAUGGGUCUUUUAACGUGUGGUUAUAUGAUAUAUCCUCUGCAACUUGCUCUUUAUCAAAUAUACAAUAAUGUUGAUCUGAUUUCCUGGCAAUUGCCAAUCAAAGUGGAGUUUCCCUGGGACAUUUCUACGGGUCUCGGAUAUGGAUUAGCUUAUAUUCUUGUUGGACUAAACAUCCUAUGGACUCUUCUUUACUGCGUAGCUUUAGAUACUUUCUUCUUCGGUGUAAUCUUGCAUAUAUCAGCCUGCUUUCAAGAUUUACGUAAAAUGAUAACAGAAAUAGACACCAUCGUCUCAUCGAAUGAUGAUAAUGUAUCUCUAGUACAGGACCGUUUUCUAGAGAGAAAGUUAUAUUUGAUAAAAUGUGUAAAGCUUCACAAUUUAGCUUUAGAUUUCGUCAAGAAAAUGGAAGAAAUCAUCAGUUCAUCCCUCUUUGUAGCCUAUGUGAUCAUUAUCUUUGUUAUUUGUGCUGUAUUAUUUCAGGCGUCUGAGCACAUGAAGAGCAGUCAAAUAACCCGAGAUUUAACUUUUGUCUUUAGUGCUCUUAUUCAACUCCUCGUUUCUACGUAUUUUGGGAGCCUCAUCACUCAAACGAGCGAAAGCAUUUGUUUUGCUGUGUACUCCACGCAAUGGUAUCGUCAAAUCCCAAAAAUUCGCUACUUCUAUCAUCUAAUAUUGCUAAGGAGUCAGAAGCCUGUCCAUAUAACUGCUUUAGGACUACUUAAUAGCUCUUUAAAGAGUUUUACUAAAGUAAUUAGCGGUUCUACUAGAGCAUUUACACUAUUGCAAACAAUGCAAGACAAAAGGAUUUGAUUUUUUUUGCUUUGUGAAUUUUUAUAUUAUGUGAUAAGUAUCGACAUAUUCACUUGCUGCUUUAAUUUUUCUGAUCAUAAUACGUACUAUAAUAUUAAUCAAUGAAAUAUAAUUGAUCCGUAUUGAUUAAAAUCUUUAAAAAAAAAACAAAAAAUUACGAAGCAAUAAAUUUAAAAGUAAAUAUUUUGAGUUUUAUUUUAAUUUAUUAAUUUAAUGCUUUUAACACUGAAAUUUUUUUUGUUAAGAUUUCUUAGCUUAGAUACAUUAAAUUUGAGUUAUUAAAAUUCGUGAAAUUUCUGUCAAACGCAUAAAACAAGAAUAAAGCAAACUGACAAUCUGGAAUUCUGAUGCACUACAGAAAAGGAUUGUGUUGAUGCCGUUAUGUAUGUGAAUGUCGUUUCUGAAUUGUGCAAACAUUUAAAUAAAUUCUUAU